UCAUACAGAAAGAUGCACAUCUCUGUGUAACUUCAGCGCUGAGUAAGUUGGAUUUCAGAUCCAUUCAGUCUUCUACAGCAUAUGUGAACUAUUGCAAUCAGCCAUGCAGGGCUCUCCCAGGCAGCGCUCAGCUGUUAGUAUUUUUAGCAACUUCUUUCAGGGUCGGAGGCAUUCUUGCUCCGAUCCCCUUCUCCGUAUAAUCCAAAGGCGCCGGAGCUCGGUUGUGGAGGUACUGUCAUCAUCAACACACAGGGUUAUGGUGGCUAUCUCAUCCCUAAACCCUGAAGAGCUGGAUGCAACUUUUCCUGAGAAAAAGAAAAGUGCAAUGCGCCCAACUGCAAAAUAUACUAAAGUAGGGGAGCGCCUUCGCCAUGUAAUUCCUGGUCAUAUGCAGUGUUCAAUGGCAUGUGGUGGACGUGCUUGUAAAUACGAAAAUCCAGCUCGAUGGAGUGACCAAGAGCAAGCCAUUAAAGGGCUUUACUCUUCUUGGAUAACAGAUAACAUAUUGGCAAUGGCUCGUCCCUCAACAGAAAUCAUUGAAAAAUAUAGUAUCAUUGAGCAAUUUGAAAGAUGUGGCAUAAAAACAGUAAUUAACCUUCAGCGUCCUGGGGAGCAUGCUAGCUGCGGGAAUCCACUGGAGCAAGAGAGUGGCUUCACCUACCUUCCUGAAGCUUUCAUGGAAGCUGGAAUUUAUUUUUAUAAUUUUGGAUGGAAAGAUUAUGGUGUGGCAUCUCUUACCACUAUACUCGAUAUGGUAAAAGUGAUGGCAUUUGCCUUGCAGGAAGGGAGGGUAGCCGUUCAUUGCCAUGCAGGACUUGGCCGAACAGGUGUUUUAGUGGCUUGCUACUUAGUUUUUGCAACAAGAAUGACUGCAGAUCAAGCAAUUCUUUUUGUUCGGGCAAAAAGGCCUAAUUCUAUUCAAACUAGAGGACAGUUAUUGUGUGUAAGAGAGUUCACUCAGUUUUUGAUCCCUCUGAGAAAUGUUUUUGCUUGCUGUGAACCCAAAGCACAUGCAGUUACUCUGUCCCAGUACCUGAUCCGUCAGCGGCAUCUGCUUCAUGGUUAUGAGAGUAGACAUCUCAAGCAUGUGCCAAAACUUGUUCAUCUAGUUUGCAAACUUCUUUUGGACUUGGCUGAAAACAGGCAGGUGAUAGAGGAAGAACUGUUAGACAUACCAGAUCUCUCAGCUGAAAUUGAAAAGACCGUUUCUCAGUUGCUCUCUACACAACUAGAUAAAGAGUUAACAAGACAGGACAGUGAUACAUCAGAUUCAUUCUCCCACUUGGUGAGAAAUAAUCCUUUUGAGACCCAAGAUUCCGUUUUCUCACUUGAACACGAAUGUGAUCCUCUUUGGAAGAGAAGGAAUGCUGAAUGCCUUCAGCCUCUGACUCAUCUGAAAAGGCGUCUAAGUUACAGUGACUCAGAUUUGAGGAGAGCUGCAUUUCUCUUCGAACAGGGAGAAACUCCAUGGACAGUGCCUGCACAAAUACUACUCUGCAACAAACAUAAACGGCCUAACAAUGGGGAACAUUGUUUUGCUGCAGGCAAUCAAAAGCCUCAGCUGGACUUAAACAAAGAAGCUUUUGUGCGUAGUACACUUACUUUCUGGAGCCAAGGUAAAUUUAAUUUGGAUGGAUCCAUCCAAAAAGAUGGAUCUGCACUUUAUCAUAGAAAAAAAUCUCCAAAAGAAGUACAGCGUAGUAGAACCUUUUCAGCAGGUCUUACAUAUGUACACAAUGCUAGUGACCCCAGAACACCAAAGUGUAAUUUUGCCAAAGAGACUGGUCACAAAGAAGAACAAAAGACUAAUAUACAUGGCAGAAUAAUUUGUGCAUCUGAGGACUCCGAUUGUUCUUCUAAGGAAGAAUGCUCUCUUGGAUGUGAAAGCCAAGACAGUAAAGAUCUAUCAGAAACAAUUCCACACAUUAUUUUGCAAUCAGAAUUGAGUCUGGAGGCACGAAGAAUUUUGGCAGCUAAAGCUCUUGCAAAUUUAAAUGAAUUUGUGGAAGAGGACGAAUUGAAGCAGAAAGUAGAAAUGUGGCAGAAAGAGCUGAAUUCUCGAGAUGGAGCUUGGGAUAAAAUAUGUGCUGAGAGAGAUCCUUUUAUUCUUUGCACAUUGAUGUGGUCCUGGAUAGAGCAACUGAAGGAACCUCUUAUAUCCAAAGAGGAUGUGGAUAUGUUGGCAAAAAAGUCACAGGCAACACUUAACUUACUAGAAAAGGAACAAUAUCAGACUAUUCUUUGUAUUUUACAUUGUAUAGUGAAUUUGCAGAUGAUACCAGCUGAUGUGGAGGAAGCUUUACUUGCUCGGGCCAUUAAAGCUUUCACAAAGAUGAGUUUGGAUUCUGAAAAUGGACCAUAUGUUUACAACACCCUGAGGAAACUAUUUAAACAAACACUGGAAGAAAAAAGAAGGGGGCUUAAAGAAGGAACGGAAAUCCCAUUGUAAUGUUUACAGAGUUAUGCUGAGGGAUUUGAUUUCACUUACCAGCUACUGUAUUUUGUGUUAAUUGGCAUGUAUUCCCUAACUUUAAUUAGUUAUCAAAGACGUGUUUUUGUUUCAAAAGGGAUCUGUAGUGAGACUAAUUCUAGUUUCAUAUAUUUAAGCUGAUAUUUUUUAAUGAGUUGCUGCUGUGUGAAUGUACUCUUUGGUUUGAAGCUAUAUUCUUUUGUAUUGUGAACUCUGUUUUAAAGCUGUAUUUAUUGAUUUAGAAAUCUAUCAUUGGUAAGCUAUAUUUUUCAGUUAAUUGAUUGCCAUAAAUCCAGUGCCAUGUUACAUUAUACAGUGGUUCAAUGUAUUGAAUUAAUAUUUAUGUUAACAAUACAAAUGUUUACAUUAGUGCAAUUCCAUUUUACUUUAUGUUGAAUAAAUAUUGACUGUGCUCAUCAA